AUGUCCCUAGAUCCAACCAGAUAUACGGUGGUAUGGUUUGCCCCGCUUGAAAUUGAGGCGCGCGCCGCCGCUUGCUUAUUCGAUCGCCGUCAUGAAGGCCACUUCCCUCUGGGUCCAGGUGAUGACUAUGUUUUCCAGGCGGGCGAUAUUGGAGGGCACAAUGUAGUCAUUGCUACCUUUCCCGCGGGGCAGGAGUAUGGCACUAGCUCGGCUGCGGCGCUCGCAAGCCAAGUCAAGAGCUUCUUCCCGAAUAUUUGGCUUGGUGUCCUGGUAGGCGUGGCAGCAGGUCUGCCAAAUUUUGAAGAGAAUCCUCCGCGUGAUAUUCGCCUCGGGGAUGUGCUAGUGGCUCUACCGGUGGGAGAUCGACCGGCUAUUGUACCCUAUGACUUGGGAAAGGAGACUGGUGAUAGUGGCUUUCAUCUGUUGCGCUCCGGAUUUGUCCUAGCGAACACCAAAGCAAUUCUGCGCUCGGCUAUUGGUGCUAUUAAGGCCGAUGAGCCGGAUUCUGUCAAUACCUUUCGCCCGUACUACGAGUCUAUGAUGCAGAAGAGACACGCAAAUGGGACGUUCAUAGACCCAGGGCAGGAGCGUGAUUAUUAUUACAUGCACGGCCGGCCUCUUGUGCGUCCGAAACGGCCCGUGUCACAACGUACCAGGGUAUGGUAUGGAUCAAUUGGAUCUGGGGACACGCUAAUGAAGAGCUCGCAAAAACGAAGAGAGAUAGCAGACAGGUAUGGGGUUAUUGGGCUCGAGAUGGAGGCGGCCGGAAUCUUGAACCAUAUUCCUGUGGCUGUGAUCCGUGGGGUGUGCGAUUAUGGCGACGAAAAUAAAAACAAAGAAUGGCAGCCUUAUGCAGCAGCGAUGGCAGCCUCGUACACAAAAGCUGUAUUGGCGAGAAUACCUCCUAAGACCGAUGAUUCUCUGUCUACUACCCUGCAACAUGAUUAUAUUUCAAACAGUAUGGACUUGAUACCUCCAGAUACUGAAAUUCAGGAAGAUGAUAUGGAUGACGACAAAGUAACAUACGGCUCUAAGCCAGGUCUCAUCCGUACCAAUUGGACCCAAGCCCUCUUUGAGUUUGUGCGAGAAAAGGCCAUUCGGCUCGGCUCGCAACCUCCAUCCAGUAUUUUGCAGGCUAUGGCUUACCUCGGGCUCCUAAGUAUCCCGAAGUCCAUUGUCAGCAGAAUCAUCAUCUCAGAUUUCCUCGGCAGAGAUAUUGCCGUUGAGUUCCCCAUUGACUGGUCCGACUUGAGUGUUAUUCUCCUACCGCAUUUUGAUAUCGGAGAAAAAUAUGGUCUGGAGAAGGUUCAACGUGAGCAGUUCAUUAUUGUAUACUGUGAUAAAUCAGAGAGGCGAUUCAAACGAAUCAGUGCUACGAACUGGAUGGACGAGGUUCAACAUGGUAGGAAAUUCUACAUGUCCGCUGUCAUCUCGCAUUUGCAGAUGGAAGACCAAGUGUGCACAUCAUGUCGUGCUCGAAUGAGGAAAUUCAACGCGUUUUUAACAUGUCCGAGCUGUGGUCUAUUCAGCUUAUCUGCUCAGCAUCAACGAAGGACCCUGACUCUGUCUGAUAUUGGAAAGCUCCCAGUGUCCAUGAGAGGCGGGUUGCUACAAGUACCCGCGCCUGAUCAUUUGCUAUCUCCCUGGCAAGUUGAGUGGCGAAGAAGGGAAGAAGAACGGCAAAAUUUUGAUUCUCAAUUACUACGAGAUGUAGUAGAGCUUUUGGAAAAUCGUACACUCGCUUCUCACACUGUUACGAACGAUGAAAAUCCAUCCGCACCAGAGAGUGCAAAUAAAUCGGAAGCCAGCUCGGAUAGGCAGGAUUCGGAAAUUACAAAAUCUGAAGCCGAAGAAUUACACCACGCCGAGGAAGAAUACCCUACAAUCAAACCGGACUUGAGUGAACAUGGUCGUGAGCUUCGACGACGGGAACUGGAAGAAAUCCACCACUUCACAAAAAUAUUCAUCGAGGAAGAUACAGUGCUGUAUGAUGCAGCUCUGAUCGGCGAUGUGCCUGCGGUUCGAAGCCUAUUGGACAGAUUUCAAAUCCGUAAUAUUGGGGUUGAUAACACAUGGGGCCCCCAUGGAAGUCCACUGAUAGCCGCAAUUCUUUCUGGCUCGGGUCGUGUCGUCGAUAUUCUCCUCCAUGCUGGCGCUAAUCCUUUCCUUCCUGCAGGGCCUUUAGGCGUCCCAUUUCAUGCCGCUGCUCUCCUGGGAAACGUCGAUGUACUAGAUACAAUUGUGAAGUUUGUGAAGUUUGGGGAUGCGACUGUUGACGAAAAUGAAUAUCAAAUUGCACUCGAUAAGGCCUUAUAUUCUACAGUGGAAUUUGCGCAGCCCAAUACGAUUCCUAUUCUUCUGCAUGCUGGGGCUAACCCUUUUGCGACUGUUGAUGGAAAGAGAUCUUCAUUUGCCAUGGCAACAGCCACGAAUCAUGAUCUCGCUGCCAGCUUCAUUACCGAGGCCUACGGACGUCAUUUGCUCCGGAGGAAUGAAGCGCAGCCAAUUAUAGAUGCAAUUUAUCAUCUUUAUGUAUCAGUACUCGGACGAGAUGCCUGGCUGGAUUCAUGCUGUCGCAAUGUGGAAAUGGGACGGACAGAAGGAGUCGAGAAACGAAUCUCGAAUCGACUGGAGAAAUCGAUGCGCAAGAAUUUUUUACGAUGGAAACCAUCUUGGCAUCACCCUUCUGCAGUGGAGAAGACGUUGCAACCAUUACCUGAUACUGAGCUGUUGCCGACUGAUCCAGGCUUGCCGAGUAUUGUAAUCAGCCAACAUGAGUUUGCCGAUAGUAGCAUUAAUACAAACUAUGAGAUAUGA